AUGGAGAAGGCAUACAGGCGACCCACCAUCAGAAGGGCCAUUGAAGAAUGGGUGAGAAACACAGAGAGGAAAGGUGGUGUGGGAGGAGUGGCGUGCGCAUGUAGUUUGUAUUGGCUGCAUGUGUGUGUGUAUGUGUGUCAGAGGGGGAGUCAAUCAUCGUCUCUGCUGACCCGUCAGCAGCUGGGCAGCGAAAUCGGCGACGAAUACUCGUUCGGCCUCUUCAUGGUGCGCACACACACAUACACAACACAGGCCACCAGCAAGACAGCAUCAUUGUGAUGCAUGUGUGUGUGCAGAAUCCCCAGUUUCGGUCGACGCUGCAGGCGGCCAUCGAGUCCGAGCUGCGCGAGAUGCUGCCCUCCGCGGCAGCCAUCGCACACUCGUCCUCCUUCCCGGCCGCAGAGAGACAUCGGGUGAGGCCAUUGCACAACAGACAGAUACAGACACGCUCACAUACCUUUCCAUGGAUGGAUGGACGGCUGCAAUGACUGACUGAAUGCAGGCUCGCCAGGCAGCAGCGGACAGGCUGCCCCCCUCCCUCCCCUCCACGCCCGAGACCACACCCUACCGCCCCCCCGACCACGGCCACAGCAGCAGCGACAGACACACACCUCCUCGGCCCGCUUCCGCACUCUCUCUCAUCAACCCUUCAGAGCAUGACCCUCUCAGCCCCACACACCCACCACCACCAGCAUCGGAUGAGCCCGCGGCAGACGGCGGCAUCCAUGAGCGGCGCUACUCGAUCGUGCAGUUCAUCGCGGCGCGGCGGGAGCACCAGGAGCGGCUCGUUGCGGGGACGCCCGAGAGGACAGACGCCGUCCCACACCCAACACCAGUGGCACGGGUGAGGCCAGAAAGCGAUGCUGCCGCUUCGCCGGCACCUCGUGGCGACAACGGUGCAGGGAACACCGAUCAACCAGGACAGGCAGCAGAAGCCGAGGAAGAGCAGACGAGAAGCCGCGAGGCACCUGCACCGGCAGCCGCAGCAGCAGCAGCUUCGUCGGAGUAACGUCAUCCCAUGGGCGAAGAGGACUUCAGGCGAGCCAGCGAGGCCGUGGCCGAGAUCCUGGCGGAGCUGCGCAACGGCGGCCGGUCGGCAUUGGAGGUGCAUGACGAUAGGGACAGUUUUGAGGAGGCCUUCAUGGAUGCGCGUGAGGGGGAGGAGGAGGGGGCCGACAACGGCAUGAUGGACAGCUACGAGGGUGGCGAGCCGCAGGGCGGGGACGCAGAGGCGCCUCAUGCGGAUCCAGACGCCAAUAUGGAUCAUGACCAUGCGGACGCGCUGCACGAGCCGAUCGAGUAAGCGGGUGGAUGGAAAUUCGAUCGCAGAGAGAGGACUGUAUCCAUCCAUCCAUCCACCCACUUGGCUGUGAUGUUUGUGUUGUCACUCUCUCUCCCUCUCCCUUGCACGCCCUUCAGCUUGGCCGCGCUGUUCCCCGCCCACCUGCAGGUGCCUGACGACUGGCACCGUGCGCUGCUGCACGGCGACCAUCCUGAGCACCACGAUGAGGGCGAGGACGACAGCAGCCCCCACGACAUGGUGGUCGUUCAAGACCAAGACGAGGGAAAGGAGCCGUCCGACGACGAGACCAUCGACUACAGCCUCAACGGGCCCUUCCACAUGCGCCACGCCGCCCCCAGCACGCCGCCACACACACCACACCCACCGUCACUGCGGGCGAGGCCAGGCGGCUCUCCGAUUGGCUGCUGGUGGGGUCAUCUCAGGCGGCCCUCUAUCUGA